UGCCACAAAUAGCGUGCGGAGCGGUCGAAACGCGCACGAAUUUUUGAACAACUGCAAAGCAAAAGAAUACAAUUCCCCAAAAGACAUCGCGCCGCAGCAUACUUAUAACGGAUAAAAACAGACAAAGAACUUGACUCAGAGGCUGUUCCCGAUCUGCUCAGCGAUCGCAUUGGAAUUCCCGAGUGUGUGCACUUUGUUGGUAUUGUUGCUGUUGUUGCUGUUAAUUAAAAUCGUUUAAUUAAAACCCAAGAAAAGGAUGAGUGACCUAGAGCAUAUUGCACUGCAAAUGGACAAAGUGCCGCAGUCCGGCGAUAAAACGCUGGCCAGAAAUCAAGAAAGCAUAAACAAUCGCAGCCAGAACGAUGCAAUCGACGGACGAGGAGGCAAUCGCAUACCCCGAGCAGUACCCGAAACGGAUGACGAUGACGACGAUCGUCCCUUCGUUCAAGAUGGCAAUGGCAAUCCAGGCGUGGACGAUGGCCUCCUGGGAAAUGGAGGAGGCGGCGGCGGCGGCGGUGGUGGUGGCGGGGUCACUGUCCUCGUCCCCAAUGGCGGCAACAAGGGGGGACGACGUCCGAGCUACAUGUUUCCUGGUUACAGUGGACCCGAAUUCGUGAACAUCAAUGGCGUGGAGACGCCCAUACCUGAUGUGAAUGCCUACCAGCACAAGAAGACCUUGGCCCAGGGCAUGAUGGAUCUGGCACUGCUCUCGGCGAAUGCGAAUCAGCUGCGUUAUGUGCUGGAAAUGAACCAACAGCACCCAUACUUUUAUCCCAGUCUGUUGUUCAUCUCCCUGAGCAUUAUAUUCCAGAUCGCAGUCGGCGUCGGCCUUAUUUGGAACGGCAGGUACAACAUCAAGAAUGAGCAAGAGAUCUGCCGGGCGAACAAGAUCAAUAAUUACACAGUCAUCGGCAUAUUCAUUGUAACGGUUGUCAAUGUCUUAAUAUCAGCCUUUGGCAUCGUAGAGCGUGCCCCAGGCCCAGCAUAGUUUGCAACUGGAUGUAUAAUAUCAAUAAGAGUAUUAGUAUGUAGUAGGAUAAGCACCCCACACAUCCAAACUCGCCGCUACAACUACCAAUAUUUUUUUUUGAUAAUUUAGUAAUUUUCAACCGUGUUUAUAUGAUUGAAAGAAUUACUUGGCUAACGCCAAUCGCCUCAUUCUUAUAUACAUAUGUACUAUUAACAAAAUUGUGAUAAAUAAAUCGAAUCCCAGCCCUCAAAA